AUGGCCGAUGUGACGCUCCCUCCGCCUGAUUCCGUCGACAUCCGUCCCCCGGAGAAUACCACCACCUCUCUUCCUCCGCCACAGCAGGACCAUGAGCCGCAAGAGCAGCAGCAGCCUCCUCAGAGAGAUUCCCGCGAGAGACGCGACGACAGAGACCUAGAACGUCCGCCUAAUCGCUGUGACCGUUCUCCCCUCCCGCCGCCGCCCCGCAGGGACUACAAGAGGCGGCCUAGCGGGAGCCCUCCGCCGCCGUACAGAGACAGGCGGCACUCUCCUCCCAUGCGCCGCUCGCCUCCUCCUCCCAAGCGCUACCGGAGGGACGAUAACGGAUACGAUGGUCGGCGUGGUGGUGGCUAUGGACCUCCCGAUAGAAGAUUUGGAUAUGAGAAUGACCGUGAAAUGGGUGGAAGGCAUGGUUACGGUGAUGAAAGACCUCCUGGCCGCUUCAUGGGGCGCUAUCAAGACUGGGAGGGAGGUCGUGGAGGUUAUGGUGAUGCAUCUAACAGAGGAAGUACUCAAAGGGACGGAUUGAUGUCAUACAAGCAGUUUAUCCAGGAGCUGGAAGAUGAUAUAUUGCCAUCAGAAGCUGAACGCAGAUAUCAAGAAUACAAGUCAGAGUAUAUCACAACACAGAAACGUGUCUAUUUUAACACUCACAAAGAGGAAGAAUGGUUAAAAGACAAGUAUCAUCCAACCAACUUGCUAACUGUCAUAGAAAAGAGGAAUGAACAUGCACGGAAGGUGGCGAAGGACUUCUUACUUGAGUUACAGAGCGGGAAUCUUGAUUUAGGUCCUGCAGUGACAGCACUGAAUAAAACAAGUGAGCCAAAGUCUGAGGAUGAAGCAGGUGGUGGUGGUGGUGGUAAAAGAGGUAAAGAGAGUGACUUUUCAGCGGCACCAAAAGCACCCAGCUUCACUUCUGACCCAAAGAGAAUCCUAACUGACAUUGAGCAAGCACAAGCCCUUGUUCGUAAGCUGGACUCUGAGAAAGGAAUCGUGGAUAAUGUUUUAUCAAGUUCAGAAACUGAAACGUCGGGAAAAGAUAAGUCGCACAGUGGCUCGACUGGUCCAGUUAUAAUCAUAAGAGGUUUGACAUCUGUGAAAGGCCUCGAGGGUGUUGAAUUGCUUGACACGCUUAUCACGUAUCUCUGGCGUGUUCAUGGUGUGGACUAUUACGGAAAGGUUGAAACAAGCGAAGCUAAGGGUCUGCGGCAUGUGAGAGCGGAAGGAAAAGGCCCUGAUGCGAAAGGAGAUGAGGGUGAAGAUAAAUUUGAUUCUCAUUGGCAACAGAGGUUGAAAGGUCAAGAUCCACUGGAAGUGAUGGCUGCCAAAGAGAAGCUAGAUGCUGCUGCUAUUGAAGCUUUAGAUCCACAUGUCCGAAAGAUUAGGGAUGAGAAGUAUGGUUGGAAAUAUGGUUGUGGAGCUAAAGGCUGCACGAAACUGUUUCAUGCUGCUGAAUUUGUGCACAAGCAUCUCAAGCUGAAGCACGCUGAGCUUAUAGUGGAUAUGACUGUCAAAGUGCGGGAAGAACUGUAUUUUCAGAACUAUAUGAAUGAUCCUAAUGCUCCAGGAGGACAACCAGCCACGCAGCAACCUGGCCCGAGAGAUAGACCUAUGAUGAGACGUAAACCAAGCAUGGAGAGCAGAUUGAGGGAUGAUCGAGGUGGACGCAGAGAGCGUGACAGAAUUGAUCGGUCAGAGGAUCAGCAGAGAGGUGAUGGUAACGGUCCUAAUGGUCCUAAUCCCGAGGAAGGUGGUUACGAUGCAUUUGGUGGACAAGGCGGUGUUCAUGUUCCUUCCUACUCUGCUGAUAUGAACGCACCGCCAGUGCUCAUGCCUGUUCCCGGUGCCGGGCCACUAGGACCAUUUGUACCAGCACCACCUGAGUUUGCAAUGCAGAUGUUCAGGGACCCAAGCGGACCAAACCCUCCUUUAGAAGGUGGUGGCAGAGGUGGACCAGCCCCUUUUCUUUUGUCUCCGGCCUUUAGACAGGAUCCUAGACGGCUACGCAGCUACCAAGACCUAGAUGCUCCAGAGGAAGAGGUAACCGUUAUUGAUUAUAGGAGCUUGUAGGCAAACGGAGAAAGCGCUAUAGAGAGAUGUUCAGGUCUUGGGAAAUAUAAUGAGACUUUUCCCAACAUUUAUAACUCUUUCUAUCAAUCUAAACUAUUUUCUACAUGCUAAAUUUGUACUCAACAAUAAACAAGCUUGUGUUACGAAUGUUAGUUGUGUACUCAACAUGCCAAAUUUGUCCUCGACAAUAAGCAAACUUGAUUUUCGAAGUUAA